CCCCUCCACCCUUUGUACACCCAUGUCCCUCCUCCGACCUAACACCGAAGACGUACCCCCUCGGGCAGUAUCAGCCAAAGAAAAGGGAUAUGCUCUGUCUGUGUUCGAGUCUGCGAUCGAGGACGUGCUAGAGACGCGGUGGUGUAUGAAGGUGAAAGAGGGCCAGCUCAAGCCAAGGCUGUUUAUCCUCACGCGGUACCGCAUUGCUUUGGCGAGGUUUGGCAGUCGGCGGGGCAAGGGCGCCAUCGGAACGGCAGUCCCGCUGACAGGGGUGGUGAGACUCUCGGGAUCGUUGAGAAAUGGCCAGUUUGUUGUGGCGUACUCGGGCGUGUGUGUCGGGCGAUGGGACCUCCGCUUUGCCUCGUCCGAAGACGCCAUUUCGGUGGCCAAGAUGGUGUUUGACGGCGUCUUUCGCGCCCGCAUCGGAUGGGAGCUUGACGCCUGCCCUUCGCUCUCGUUCUCCAAGUCGACAACGUCGUACUUUCACGACCGGCGCGAGCGCAUCGAACUGCCAUACGACGGCUUGGCGUACGCGUACCCGGCGUACGCGUGCGGCUACUCGCGCUCGGCACCCGACGAGAUCGUCAUCACCACGCAGCACUUGCUUUACCGCUACCCGCUGGCCGACACCUCAGGCAAACCGGUUCUUCCACUCCGGACCGACGUCCAGUUUUCAAUCGGCAAGGUGGGGACGCUCAAGGGCGCGUCGCUUGACGCCGGCCUCCCGCUUGUCCGUGCGCUAGCCCGCAACCGAUGGUUUCGCACCUUUCGCAUCCGUUCCAACUCCAAGUACAAGCACGCGCUCCGGGUUCUCGCUACCACGCUCAAGUACAACACUGCGCUGCAGGGCAUCGAAGUCAACCACCCGCCCGCGGCCAACAAGGUCAAGCUCCUGCUUCUUGCACGCGGCAUUGAGUCGAAUCCGGGCCUUGUCAUCACCACUCUCUCGUUUGUCUCUGUCACGCUCUCGGCCGUCGCCCAUGUGCUCGGACGGGCUCUGAUGUCGCUCACACACCUCAAGUGCCUGACGCUCGAAAAGGCCUCGCUGAACGACGCCGGCUUUGUCGACAUCUUUGGCGCGGCGGCGUCGGCCGAGCCGCCGGCGCUCGCCGGCCUUGUCGCGCUCAACCUUGCUAGCAACGGCUCACUCGGCUACGACGGAGCGGCAGCAUUCCGCAACUGGCUGACCUCGGGCGCCGGGUCCUCGCUCCGCUCGCUCGUCCUCGACGGGACCAUUGUUGGCUUUGACGUCCUCUUUGCCGCCCUCUGCACCGGCGACAGCAUCCCACUGGAGUUUCUCGACAUCUCGGCGUGGCAGAUCCCGCACGCUUCGGCCUCGGCCGCCGCGCUGCUGUACACCCAGUCGCCGACGCUGAGGGCGCUCUCGCUCGCCAGGGCGCGCGGCAUGAACGCGGCAUCUGCCGAGGAGCUUGUCAACGCCCUCGGCUCGGGCGAGCUCGUUUGUCCGCGCAAGCCGCUCUGCCUCGAUCUGACCAAGCUCAAGAUCUCCAACUGGAGCAGGUUCAGCGGUGCCAUGGGCAGACUCAGCGGGCGGCUAACGUCGCUUGUCCUCGACGACGCGGCGCUCAAGCCGGGCGCCUUUCUGGAGCUCUGCCAGUCGCUGUGCUCUGUGACCUCGCUCAACUCACUCUCGCUCUGCCGCGUUUUCAAGGGCUCCAAGCACCGCAAGACCAUCGGACAGUCGAUGGCGCACCUGGCGGCGGUGGUUGCCGCGGUCGACCUGCGUGCGCUCUUUGUCAACGGCAACGGCUCGUCGGCGGCGCUCGGACUUGCUGGCGCCGAGGCGCUGCUCAUUGACGUUCGCUCGCUCGCGUCGCUCGUAACGCUCCACCUCGCCCACAACAACAUGACAGCCGAGGGCCUCGAGUAUGUUGUCCGCCUUGUGUACAGCUCGCGCAACCUGCGGUGCCUCGACAUCGACGACAACAAGAUUGGGAUGGCCGGGCUGGAGAGCCUCGCUGUCGCCAUUGCGCGUUCCGACACCAUCAUCGCUGCCGAGGUGCCCAAGACCGACGUGUCGGGCAUUGAAGACCAGCUGAAGGCGGUCAAGGUGCCACGGCUACUCGCGGAGAACCAGCGGCGGCUCAACAUGUGUCUCGACAUCCUGAGGAACACACCCAAGCAGAACCGAUUGGCGCUGCUUGACCCGAGGGCAGCAGCCGACUCGGACGACGAGUCGGACUCGAGCGUGUACGGCGAGGCAGCGGUCGGCCUGGUCGACCCGCUUGGUGCGGCACUGCCAGAUGGUUCACGGCUUCUCUUCCAUCGGGCUAUGGGCAAAGAAAUGGCGCGGUUCGACCAGAUGUCAUCACGGAUGGCGCCGACGCUCAACGCGUCUCAGCUCUCGCUGGCGUCACUCGCGGAGCUGACGUCGGGUGACGGUAUGUCGCCGGCGCCAGCAUCGCCUCUGCCUGCGCCGGCGGUAGUCACCGACCUUGCCCGCAAGGAGGCGACGUCGAUGGCACGCCUCCGCGAGUCGACGCUGCAGAGCGCCGACUCGCGCGAGGCGCGAGUGUACCGCCUCGCCGGCGACGGGCGCCGCCCGAUGGACGCGGUCACGCUCUCUGGGCUCGAUGCGCUGGCGACGCCGCUGCAGGCGCGGGCGAACGUGUCGGCGCUUGCGGCGCUCAACGACGAUGCCGACGCCACCUUUGCCAAGCUCUCAGAGGCAGUCCUCCGCCGUGAUCCGAACGAGAUGAAGGCUGGCGCUGGGCGGACACGGACGCAUCGGGCGACACCGAUGCCCGAGCCGGAGAGCCGCGAGCCGGCGCGACACUUUCUUGUCGAGCGAGUCAUUGGCGCCGACGGCCCUGCGGGCGGCGAUGGGCUUGGUCCGCGCAACGUCUCCAACGUCACUACGCCGCCGUCGUCGUGGUCGGGCUCGCUCUCCAACGACUCGGGGUUGGGCAUUGCUGUUGCUGAGAACUCGGACGGCGACGGCGACGUCGGCAACGACCAUGCCGUGCCAGCUGCGCUCGAGUCGUUUGACGAGCUCUCCGAGGCGUCGGACUCUAGCAACUCGGGCGACUCGCUUGACGGGCUAUCGGGCACCUCGGGCCCGCCGCGGCCGAGGGCGCUGUCUAAGGUUAAUCGCCUCCGCCGCUCGUCGCUCUUUUCAUCGGUCGCCUCGCUCCAAGCCGCUCCGUCGAAAGUGCUCGGCAAGCGAAUUGCGCCUGGCGAGGCGGACCGCUUUGCCGAGCCGCCGUCUCCGAGCACUGGCUCGUCUGGCGGUGCCUCUCGCCCACCCGAGCAAUCGACUAUCCUCGAUGGCUACCGGGACAUGGAGUGGUCCGACUCGUUGUCGUCAUCAUCAUCGUCGUCGUCGUCGUCGAAACGCAUUCUGUUGCCGCCGGGCGCGGUACUGCCGAUUGCGGAGCGGAGCUCGUCGCGCCCCAACUCAAGGCCGACGUCAGGUGACUGGAGCUCGCGCGGGGCGGUCAUCAACGACGAAGACAUCCAUAUCCCGCGCCGAACACCGCCCGCGCUUCCGCUGGGCACUGCUGCGUCGGCGUCCGACUCGGACGACACCAGCUCGGACCCGUCGAGCACCAGCCGACAGGCGAGUGCGCCGGCGCUGGCAACGUCCAAUGGCCUCGGAACACCACAUGCCUCCUUUGUCUCGUCGAAAUCGUCGUCUUCGUCAUCAUCAUCAUCGUCGUCGUCGUCGUCAUCGACGCCUUCGACCAUCUCAAUCUCGGCGCCGCCGCCGCCGCGGCCCACGCCGGCGUCCACUACCGCCACAAAUGGGCGUCAGCGCUCUGUUGCUCCUAACGCACCGCGCCAACGGAUCUCGCUAGCUGCCGGCCUCGCCGACUUUGUAGUCCCCGUCGACGAUGGCGCCGCCGAGCCGACCGUCGAGGCGGGGAGCAGUGCCGUCGCCCCGUCUGAUGUCACUGCCGCGCUCCUUGCCGAGCUCGACGGACUGUAG